CUUGGCUCUGGAAACAUCUUCUCAUUUCCUUAGAAAACACAGAACCUCAUGAAAUCCCCUCUUGAAAUUAAAUCCUGUUUGUCUCGGCCAAAGAUCUCAGUCAGAGUAAUAUGUCCAUAUCAUCACUGGUAGUCCGAGCGAAGAGCUGUAGCAAAGGAUUAUGGGAUCAGUAGCAGAGGAAUAUGGGAUAUAUCUCUUUCUGUUCAAUUAAUAUUCUGCUUUAUUGCUCUUUGUCCUAGACCCAGCAGAAAGAAGUACAUGUAUCAUAGACGGAUUAAUUCAGACAGAGUUUUUAGAUUUAGAAGAAAAGAAUGAUAGAAUUAGAGGUGUGACUUAUUAUUGGAUAUUGGUGGGGGUCUGACUGUCUAAUACCAAAGACAAGAGCUUGUGUAAUUGAGAAUGUGUGUAGACUGGAGUAACUUUGAUCAUUAAGCUUGUAGUCAUGAAAUAUUAACACAGACUGAUUCUGUUAGAAGGUUGUUAUAGUACCUGGGACAUCCAGGUAAAUGAAUCUAGUAUUGAUUUCUGGGGCAAAAGUAAUUGUCAAUGAGCGUAUUUGGCUCCACUAUAAAGUAAAAGAAAUAUUCAGACAGGUGAACUUUCAUUGUUAAGACGGAGAUAGAAAAAAUCAAAUAUCUACUUUCAAUUGUUAUCAGAGUUUGUUGAAUUUGGUCAGGAUAAAGCGUUAUUAUGUCAGAUUUACAAGAUCCCACCCCUGAAAUGUAUGCCACAGCAUAUGGACAUUACAACAUGAGUCUGAAGAACAUGUGUUUUAGUGCCUGGAUGCAGUAUUAUUUGCACAAGAAGAAGAAAAAACUGGCCAUGGAGAAGAAGAUGAACAGAGCGGCCCUCCACCACGCGCACAGGAUUCUGCGGGUCCAUCUCAAUGUGUGGAGGGACUGGUUAAGAUACAGGAAGGGUUGUCAAGCAAUGGCAUACCACAAACUGAAGCGGAUCUAUUUUGUCAGUGUUGGAAUCGUACUCUUCAGAGAAUGGCGUGCAGUGGCCAAGCGGAAUAAGGACCAGCGAGAAUAUUUCGAGAUCAGCCUGCGGCGGUUGGAGCGCGGAGAGAACGUAGAUGAUGAGGAGACGUUCGGACAGGGGGAUGGAGAUGCCCAGGAUAAACUGUCUGGACAGCUGGGCAUUGAACUGGCUGUUAAGGUGUUUAGUUUCCUGGACAUAGCAGACCUGGCUCGCUGUGCAUGUGUUUGUAGGUCCUGGAAGGUGAUAGCUUAUCACUCCUCUCUCUGGAAUAGGCUUGACUUCAGCAAAGUUAGAAACAGAUUGGCGUAUGGAGUGACAGAUCUAGUGACAACCAAACUUUUGUCUAAAUGUCGGCCAUAUUUGAUUCACCUGAGUAUGAGAGGGUGCUCACAGCUUCACUCGGCCACAUUCACCGCUCUCAGCGAGUGUCGGAACCUUCAGGAUCUCAAUCUGUCUGAAUGUAAAGGACUAGAUGAUGAGUCAUUAAAGCUGGUGGUGAAGGGCUGUAAGAUUAUACUAUACCUCAACCUCUCUCACACCCACAUCACGGACGCCUCCCUCCGGACCAUCUCAAAGUACUGCCAUAAUGUACAGUUCCUGAGCCUGGCUUACUGCAAGAAGUUCUCCGACCGAGGACUGCAGUAUCUGUCUGCAGGAAAGUGUAGCAAGAAACUGGAAUAUCUGGAUCUGUCUGGAUGUCUCCAGAUAACUCCAGAUGGCUUCAAGAGCCUGUCAGCUGGAUGUACCAUGUUGCAGAUUCUUGUUCUGAAUGAAUUCCCCACACUAAAUGAUGACUGUAUGAUUGCAAUAGCAGCAAAAUGCACCAAGAUUCACACACUGUCUAUACUGGGAUCUCCUCUACUGACGGACGAAACCUUUAAACGACUCGCCAACAACAGGCACCUCAGGAAACUCAGAAUAGAAGGAAAUCAGAGAAUAUCAGACUUAUCCCUAAAGGCCAUCGGGAAGAACUGCACAGAACUGGAGCACCUGUACUUGGCAGACUGCCAGAGACUGACCGACGCGUCACUGAAGGCCAUCGCUAACUGCUCCAAACUGGUCGUCUGUAACAUGGCUGAUGUUGUACAAAUCACCAACACAGGGGUACAGAGCCUGGCCGAGGGGUCAUGUGCUGCCUCUCUGAGGGAACUAAAUCUGACCAACUGUAUCAGAGUUGGGGACAUGGCAAUGUUUAACAUCAGGAAGUUUAAAAAUCUGGUGUACCUGAGUGUUUGUUUCUGUGAACAUAUCAGUGAAAAGUCAGGAAUAGAACUACUGGGUCAGCUACAUGCUUUAGUGUCAUUGGAUAUAUCUGGAUGCAAUUGCUCAGAUGAGGGAUUGUCUUCUUUGGGCAAGUACAACAAUCAUCUAAGGGAUGUAACUCUGUCGGAGUGUGCUGACAUCACCGACCUGGGACUACAGAAGUUUACCCAGCAGUGUAAGGACAUAGAGAGACUGGACCUCUCACACUGCAAGCUGCUGACGGACGGUGCAAUCAAGAACCUGGCCUUCUGUUGUCGGUAUUUGACCUCCCUCAACCUGGCGGGCUGUAAACUGAUAACAAACCUGAGUAUCCAGUACCUGUCUGGUGUCUGCCAUCACCUCCACACCCUGGACAUCAGCGGCUGUAUCAUCAUCACAGACAAAGCUUUGAAGUAUCUACGCAAAGGCUGCAAGAAGCUGAAAUAUCUGACCAUGUUAUAUUGUAAAGGAGUUACCAAACAUGCUGCUAUGAAGAUGAUGAGACAUGUGCCUGCUCUGAAAUACAGUGACGACGAGAUCCCCAUUUACUAUGGAUACAAAUGAAUAAUGACAGAAGACUCUUUGAAAGUCUUUGAAAUGAUUGCUAUCUUACAUGUACAAUGUGUGAUAAGAAAUUUCUUGAAAAAAAAAUUAAUUUACCGGUAUUUGAGUUCGAAGAGUGGUUAUAUUUUUAUAGCUACCUCUGGAGAGAGAGAGAGAGAGAGAGAGAGAGAGAGAGAGAGAGAGAGAGAGAGAGUAUGUCUGUGGUCAAAUUGCUGUGAUACAUUUAAUUCAGGUUUUUAUCAUUUUCUGAAUUUUUUGAACCAUCUUUAUCAUGGAUUUUUCAAUCACUGUGUUUUUGAAUAGUUGUAAAUUUCUAUAAAAUAUUUAUGUAUCAGUUAUUAUUUGAAUAUAAUUGGUGCAUGAUUUAUUAAAACACAUAUUCAAAUA